UCAACCAGGUCCUUUCGUAAAAUCCCUCUAGCUUUUUCCUAUACUUCAAAUAAAUUUAGCUAUAUUUUUUUUAACAACCCUUAAAUGGUCUCAGUUGAAAUGCGAAUUUUUCUAUGGUAUUUUGUUGUUCUCGUCACCAUUGAUGUAUUAAGUGCUAAGUCAAGUCAGAAGGCGAAACCUGCAGAUGACCCUCUGCGAGCGUAUAAUGAGGUCGUGCAAAAUCUAAUAAAGAACUGGGAGUCGCCAGUUGUCUAUCUUAGAAAACGGGGCUUUCUGCCCAAAAACUUUGAGGAUACGUCGAAAAUUAAACCCAACUUAGAUGCUUUGAUGCAGCGGAUGAAGAGGGCCGAAAGGGAUCAAGCUAAUAGCAAUAAAAUCAUUAUAAAACCCAGAGAAUUGCGAGAAAUAAGGCGUCCAAAAAAAGUCCAAAGAAAUCAUCGGGGCUCACUAGCAUCCUCGGGAUCCAUGCUGUCUAACUUGGAGCAAUUGAAAGUCUUGGACAGCAAGGCAAAGUCCACUUCUAAGGUGAACGACCAGGAGCUACAACUGCUGGCCAUGAAGCGACGCUUGGAGCAGUUGCAGGAAGGAGCAGCCAGUCAGGAUCUGCCAGGAUAUCGAAGGCAGAUCAAGUUAUUUCCAAGAACCAAGGAGCCUGUGAAGCCUGCGCAAAGCUACGAUGAAGUGUUGCAGCGAAUGAUCGAGAAGACGAGUCCACACUCUAAGCACCACUCCAAUUCGCAUUUGGAAAGAAUUGCUCCAGACAGCCACAAAUCUAAUGUGAAAUUGGCUUCCAAAGAGGAACAGCUGUUGAAUACCAUGCCAUUAAGUUUAAGUACGUAUAGAGCGCACAGCUUGCUGCACAAUCUAAUCGACAAACCCGCCAUUGAUCUGCCCAAAUCUAGUCGAGAAGAGGCCCAGAAAAGCCAAGAUGACGGGGCGGCACCUAACCUGGAAUCGGAAUUGGCGGCGCCCAGGUAUCUGAACUGGGACAUGAAAAAAGGGCGACUCGACCAUUACUCAAGCGCCGAGAAGGAGGCCUACUUGAACCAGUUGGUCAGAGUGUUCGGGCGAAACCUGGACCUGAAGGAGACCCAACCGAAAAAGGGAUGAGCCGCCUUCCUAGAACCACACAACCCACUCCAUAACGAGCACAUUUAUUAACAUAAAAUGAUUCGAAAUGUAUGAAUGAGUCACAAUCCAUAUGGAGUCCGUACCAUGCACAAUAAUUAUAGCCAUUUCCAUUUCCCACUGCUUGAUGGUCAACAAUAGUACUACGUCAUAUCCAUGGCAUCAGCAUGAUGAUUUGGUUUCCGCUUGUUUACUCUCGGUAAGAAAGCAAAGAAAUCACAGGAUAUUUCUGUUUACCUUUUGUCAGUACACAUGCUGACCCAAUAUAUUGAUUUCACCAGUAUUUGCUAAUGCAAAUAAGAGGCUAAUUUAUGAGAAAAAUGUUUUGUUUGAUGAUUGGCUAAUAAUAUAAUUGAUCUAUUUUCGGGAACAAUGACACAAACAUUUGCAUUCCUGUAAAUGAGAUAUAUUUUUCAACUUGUUUUAACCACGAGAAACUGAAAUAUAUCGUU